AUGGCAACAACUAGUGUACUCGCAGCCACGCUUCCAAAGUUGGUCGUCAUCAAAUCAAAGGCUUACAGUGACAAAGGAAAUGCGUACUUCAAGGCCGACGGUGGCUCCGUGCUUCUCGGAGAAGACAACGUAUUCAGCACGCUCGUCAAGAUUGAAGUCGAGCGUUCUCCUACCCACACCAACUACGUUAACAUACGAUUCGGCUAUUUCAACAGGUACUGGCAGCGGAAAGAAAACGACAAAUUCAUCGUUGCUAAAUCCGACCAGCCCGAGGAGGACGUGACAAAGACCUCCUGCACCUUGUUCGAGCCCGUUGAGGUCAACAGCAAUUGCGUGUUCUACCUGAGGCACGUCCAGAGCGGAGGGCGCGUGUCUGUAGAUGGCUCGAGCAAGGCCUUCUACUUGAGCGAAAACAGCGGUGACGAUGAUAAAAGUUACCUAACUUUUGUGGAUUGGAACACAUUAGUUAAACUGCCGGCUAAGGUCGCUUUUAAGGGAGACAACGGUAAAUAUAUGACAUCAGUUUUGCAAAUUCUGCAGUUCGCUUCCGAAGAUCCUAACGACGAAUAUUCCAGCUUCGUGGUGGAGAUGAUGCCGGACGGACAAGUCCGGAUGACGCAGGAAUGGGCUUCACCAGGAGUUUACUGCUCAGUAGAUACAACGUCGCCUUAUCAGGUCAGCUUCACUCCUGUCAUUACUCCUCGGAUCAAUUUCUGGCCGGUCAAAAUCGAUGAAAAUUCAAUCGCGCUACGCAGCGCUGACACCGAUAAAUUCUGCAUCCAUAAUACGAACGUUGGAAUUUUUGGGAAUGGGGUAACGGCGUCAGCUUCAACGAUCACGAAGGAAGCGAUCAUGGCGGUGGAGGAGUCCGUGGUGGGGAGGAAGAUCUACAACGUGGUGUAUCAGAUGGAGUACGCGAGGAUCUUCGAUGAGGUGCCUUAA